UGAACCUGCUUCUUUGCCGCAAGGUGGCGUUUGGUUGUUAUGUGUGGUGAAUGACGCUUUGGAUGCUGUUUCGGCACAUUUUCCGCAAACAAGAUGACAACGAUGAUAAGUAUUACUCCAGGAACAUCGGAAUAUGACAAUGCUACCUCACCUUAUCUACCCAUUAAGAUUGAUCUUAAUAACUUUGAAGACCCUCAGUUUGAAGAUAGCAAGUAUGUGCUGUCAAGUCCAAGGUCGCUGGAGGCUUGCUCUCGGUUUUCUGUAAAGCCAGUGGACCUGCUGUACAAGCCUCUAGCAGAGUUCCAGGAGGAGCUGCUACCCCAGGACAUCCCCCUCCGCACCAUCUACAACAUCUAUGACGAACACGAGCAGGCCAGAGUCCGUAAACUUCAGUUGUGUCGAGAGGAGAGAUAUCGGAUCAUUGCUACAGAGCCACACUACAACACUGCUGGAACAAACAGAAACACAGUCGGGGUCAACACGGGUGUUGGUUUUGACAAGGGAUCGCUACAGAGACAGAGGACUGCCUGGGCAACAUCGGUAGGCCACAAGCGACUCACGACCAAGGAUGUCCAGAACAGAGCUGAAGAGCUGCACCAUGAAAGCCUCAAACUCAAACAGGAGCUGCUCUCUAGGAAGGAAGGUCGAGCUGGCAAGUCAAAAGCAGUCAGAAAUCGCAGUGCUUCAAGAAAUUCCUCGGCAACCAGAAACACCUCGGCAACCAGAAACACCUCGGCAACCAAAAACACCUCGGCAACCAGUAUUCCCAGGUCAUCGCGAAAUAACACGUCUGCCCGAAGUAACACCUCCACAAGGUCAACAAGGUCAAAGGUCAACACAACCAGAUCACCUGUGAAAAUAGCGGAAACUGAUAAACGAAUUGUGGAGUUGAUGAAGAAGAAGCGCAUCACCGAGAGAAAGCUGUAUGCCCAGCGUGAGAAGGCAAGGUUGGCAUGGGACGACGAGAGGCGAGAGGAAUUGCAGAUCCGUGACGUCGCCGAGACACGGAGGAGACUUCUGUUAGCAGAGGAGAACCGAAUCAGACAUAUGAAGAAGCAAGCAGCGGACCAGAGGAAGUGGAAGUCAGAGGAAGAACUGCGACAGGGGAAGGAGGUGUCCUUCCUUGGGUCCAGUAGACAGUGGGAGGAGAGCCUAAACAAGCAGCUACAGAUGAGGGAGCAGCAGUUAUUUGAGAAGCGAGAGAGAGAAACACUGAGGAAGAGCAUGCAGGAGCUGAGUUUGAAGCAGAGAGCAGCAGAACGCGAGUCGGAAGAACAACUUGUUCAACAGAGACUAGAGGCUGAGAUCCGUAUUGCAGAACAGAGGAAGGAGAUGAGAGCCCACGCCGACAAAAUGAAAAAGAUGCUGGAAAAUCAUAACGAAGAGAAAUAUUUGAAAAGAACAGACAACAAGUUGAGAGACUAAACA